AUGCUUGAGCUCGGCAUCAUCCGACAGUCCGACAGCUGCUGGGCAUCACCCCUCCAUCUUGUCCCAAAGAAGAGCGGCGACUGGCGACCGUGUGGUGACUAUCGGGCGUUGAACUCUGUGACUGUCCCCGACCAGUAUCCCGUUCCGCACAUCCAAGACUUCACUCUUUCGCUACAUGGUAAGCGAAUAUUCUCUAAGAUCGACCUUGUGCGUGCCUACCAUCAAAUCCCGAUCGAGGCCGGUGAUGUUCCGAAAACUGCAGUGACCACUCCCUUUGGGUUAUUCGAAUUCACUCGUAUGCCCUUUGGUCUGAGGAACGCCACUCAAACCUUUCAGCGAUUCAUUGAUCAGGUUCUGCGAGGUCUCGACUUCGUCUACGCCUACAUUGAUGAUUUGCUGGUGGCUAGUUCUGACGCUGCUGAACACGAGAUUCAUCUUCGACAGCUCUUCGAACGGCUCGACUCCUACGGCGUUAUCAUCAAUGCCGCCAAAUGUGAGUUUGGAGUCCCCAGUCUUAUCUUCCUUGGUCACGAAGUGAACUCAAAUGGGAUAAAGCCCGUCCCGGAAAAAGUUUCGGCCAUAUCAACGUUCCCCGUCCCGACAACCAUCAGCCAACUACGCCGAUUCUUGGGGAUGGUGAACUACUAUCACCGUUUUCUUCCCCAUGGUGCCACCAUACUGCAGCCUCUCAACAGCUUGCUGACCCACUCCAAGAAGACACUAGUGAUGACCGAGGAGGCCGUCAGGUCCUUCAAUGACGUCAAGGCCGCACUUGCGGACGCCACAUUGCUUGCCCAUCCUCGCUCAGAUGCCCAACUAACUCUCAUGACAGAUGCUUCCAGCACUGCCGUUGGUGCGUCACUUCAGCAAACUGUUCGUGGUGUUCUACAGCCUUUGGCUUUCUUCUCGAAGAAGCUCAGCCCAGCAGAGACCCGCUACAGUGUCUUCGGCCGCGAACUCCUUGCCGUCUAUCUAUCCAUCCGGCACUUCCGUCAUUUCCUCGAGGGUCGUGAAUUUGUUGUUCUAACAGAUCACAAGCCACUCGUUUUUGCACUGAGGGCCUCUCCCGAUCGAUACUCGCCCCGUGAAAUCCGUCAUCUUGACGUCAUCUCACAGUUUUCCUGCGACAUCCAACAUGUCCACGGUAAGGAAAAUGUGGUUGCUGACGCUCUUUCAAGAAUCGAGAUGGCUUCCAUCACAACAGACGCCAUAGACUUCAUGCUCAUGGCUGAGGCUCAACGAUCGGAUGGCGAACUUUCCCAAUACCGCCACGAGAACUCUUCUUUACGCCUUCAAGAUGUCCCCCUUCCCACUGGCACUGGCACCAUCACGUGCGACCUUUCUACCGGACACGAACGUCCUUUUGUUCCAGCAACUUUACGACGACGAGUGUUUAACGCUCUUCACAAUCUAUCCCACCCUGGAGUCCGGGCGACAGUGAAACUCAUCACUGACCGAUUCGUCUGGCCCAACAUCAACCGGGAUGUACGGCGUUGGACCCGCUCCUGUCUACCAUGUCAACGAGCCAAAACGCAUCGGCAUACCAUUACUCCGCCAGGAACUUUCGCCACCCCUGAUGCGCGCUUCAGUCAUGUGCAUAUUGACCUGGUAGGUCCGCUGCCACCAUCUAACGGCUCUACCUAUAUGCUGACAUGUAUUGAUCGCUUUACUCGGUGGCCGGUUGCUGCGCCCAUUCCGGACAUCAGUGCUGAAACCGUUGCGAAAGCUUUCUUGACUCAUUGGGUGUCCAAUUUUGGAGUUCCUGCGACUGUCACCACUGACCGCGGAUCCCAAUUCGAGUCCACGCUGUUUCGCGAACUCACAUCCCUUCUCGGUACCAACCGAAUCCGAACAACAGCGUACCACCCUCAAGCAAAUGGUCUCGUCGAACGCUUCCAUCGACAGCUGAAGACUUCCCUUAUGGCCCAGCCCGAUCCUUCCCGAUGGUCUGAUCACCUUCCCCUGGUGCUGUUGUCCCUACGUUCCACUCUCAAGGCCGACAUCGGUUGCACUGCAGCUGAUCUUGUCUACGGAACCUCCCUACGACAGCCCGGUGAGUUAGUGUCUCCUUCAAACACGCUAACGUUUCUUGAACCUUGCAGUUAUGUGGAGCGACUACGUAGUGCCAUGCGCAAUCUCCGCGCAACGCCCCCUCGGGCGUCACCGGCCAAUUCCUUCAUCCCACCCGACCUGGAUAAGUGCGAUUUCGUCUGGGUUCGGCAUGACGCUGUCCGACGACCACUCCAACCACCCUAUGACGGGCCGUAUAAAGUCCUUCGUCGAUCUGACAAAGAUUUUGUCAUCGACCGCAACGGCAAGACCGACACAGUCAGCAUUGAUCGCGUCAAGCCGGCCUACAUCGACGACAGUGACCAUCCCUCACCCCAACACUGUACCCCGCCUCAGACACUGCGGCCUCCUCCACCUACUGGCGACAGCCCCCCUCCGGUUCGCCACACACGAUCUGGUCGUCACGUCCACUGGCCCGACAGGUUUGUUGCUGGCUAG